UGAUUUGAGGAUGGCCACAUGUCGAUCCAACUGCAGCUUAAUAUGCUGUAGAAAGAUGUGGGAGAGCAAGUUCCUUAAUUUGCCUUUACCAAUGAACAAUUCUGAAAUUAAAAAAUUAUUUGAAUUAAUUAACUUCUUAAACAUAAUUUAAUUUGAUAUGUGUGUUCAUAUUCUGGACUGAACAUAGUCAAGAAACAAUUUCAAUUAGGGGUUGACAAACACUUGGAAAAUUUCCACAGCUAUUUUCUUUUGCUGCAGAAGAUUGCUAUACAUUUUUAUCAUUAAAUUAAAUUUUUUAAAGGAUGCGGGAUGCCAAACAUCCGUUCUCCUUUUACACAAUGUUUUCUUAUAGUCGCUCAUAUUUUAAAAUGCCUAAAAUUUAAUCACCGGGAAAAGAUUUUUCAAAACCAACGGAAUCAAAAUUGAUAUCAAUAAACACUUAAGUUUGAGUAAGGCAACUCAAUCGUAGGCUAUGUGAAAAAAUUGUAGAGAUCAUUUACCCCAGACGCACACAAUUUUUAAACGUGAAAACUGCGCGCCUUAAACAGCUCGAAAUGGAAUGUGUUGCUCACCUUAGAUAGGUAAAAAAACCAAGACGAAUAUGUAAAGAAAUUUAGAAAUUCUUUCCUCUCUUUUGUAUAACUAGCUAGCCGUAGGACAUUCAAAUGAAAGCGCGUAACGUUGUGUGCUGUGGAGACUGGAGAACCGAACCUACGGGCAUUUCAGUUGGCAACGGACAAGCGCCAGUGUUGAACUGCUGAACAUGAGCUGCGGAUGGCAAUUUGUUUGUUUCAUUUCGCAACUUUUGUCACGAAAAUAGUUUUGAGUUAAAUAAAUCCAAUUACUUGUUAUAUCGUGAAAUUGUCGUGAGUUGUUAGUGUUUGAACGGUGGGUAGAGCAAAGUUACACCAGGAAAAGGCAAGGCAUUUGCCGAAUUGCGGUCAACUGAUGUUCUACUACUUCUUAUCAUUCGUCGACAUUUCAACUGUUCAACUGGAAAAGAAAAAAAGAUAAUGAACACUUUAAAAUUUCUGUGCGUUAUUCUUUCGUGCUCCUGCGCCACGGGCUUAGACCUUGAUGCAAAUGUCAACUCCCACAGCAAAGUUGUCGUUUGCUACGUAGACAGAAGGUCUGCACACAGACCUGCUAAUGGUGCAUUUGUUAUUGAGAAUAUUGACCCUGUGCUGUGUACACACAUCAUCUACGCAUAUGCUGGCCUGGAUAAUGUCACACAAUCAAUUAAAAGUCUGGACAGUUUCCUCGAUACAGAAGAAAGUGGUGGCAGAGGCCAGUACAAGAAAGUUGUGAGCUUAAAGCAAAAGUAUCCAAAACUGAAAGUUUCCAUUUCCAUUGGUGGACCGGGCGAAAAGUCUUGGAAAUAUUCCAACAUGGCUGAGACGCAUGAAAACCGCAAACUAUUCAUUGACAGCGUUUUGUAUUUUAUCAAGAAACACGGUUUUGAUGGCUUGGAUAUGAAAUGGCACUAUCCUGGAUUCUUUGAUGGUUCCCGCGUAGAAGAUAGAAAGAAUUUCGCACUUCUACUCAAAGAAAUGCGAACAGAAUUCGACAAAAACGGAUAUCUUUUAACAGUUCUGAUCGGUGCUAGACCUAACAUUAUCAAUCGUUCUUACGAUAUUCCAGCGAUUACUCAACAUGUCCAUUUCAUUCACAUCCAGGCAUACAUUUACCACGAUUCAUCUGAUUCUCAAACAACAACAGGACACAAUGCCCCACUCCGGAUGCCAGUCAAUAGCAGUAUUAUCGAACCGGAUCUUCGUCUCAGUGUUGAGGACACAGUGAAAUAUUUACUUAAUUCGGGCGCAUCACCGCAUAAAUUGGUACUCGGCGUUCAUUUUCGCGGAAACGCAUUUACUCUCGUCGACAGAAAUUCGCACGAAAUCGGUUCUCCAUCUAAGGGAAGUGGAUUUAAAGGACCUUACACUCGUACAAACCGAUAUCUUGCAUACAAUGAGAUCUGCAAAGAGCUCAAUAAAAAUCAAGGUGUUGAUAAGUGGAUUGAACGAUGGGACGACAUUGCUCAAGUUCCUUACAUGUACAAAGGCAACAAUUGGGUUUCAUUCGACAACGAGAAAAGUAUUGCCAUCAAGGCUCGCUACGCGUUUGACCAAGCACUUGCUGGACUAGCGAUCUGGACUAUAGAUAUGGACGACUUCCUGCCCGAAUGUUCAAACGUUCAAUAUCCAUUACUAAGAGCAAUUCAUUCCGAAUUCAAGGAGGCUUACAAACAAGACGACAAACAAGGUGAUAAAAAACGACCAUCGGAUGUGGCAUUUCCGACCCCAAUCAAAGAAAUAAGCAACGAGCCAGUGUCUAAUUUUAUCGCGCUAAAAAAAAAUGCCGCCCAGAAUUUGACCUGCAAUCGAUUGUCGCAAUUUUUUCCCGUUAAAUGGAUAAAGGAUGGAGAGCGAUACACCGGCCAAGUCUACGAGAACGAAAUUGCGUCGGUUUUGACACUACAAGGAAAAGCAAAUGAAUUGGGACUCUACGAAUGCCGAUGGAACAACAGCAAAGGAGAGUCCAGACACAGAAAUUUCGACGUCAGUAUCAAAUUCGUCGAUGAGAAAACCAACAUUAAUGUUAUCAUCAUAUCCGUAACUACAACUGUAAUCGGUUUACUUGUGAUCGGAUUGGGAAUCGGCAUCAAAUUUUACCUCGACAAAAAAAAGGAAUUGGAAAAAUUGCUUAAUGGAGAUCCUGACAGAAUAGACCCGGAUGUACCGAUAGAAUAUCAAACGAAAUUCCUUCCUUACGAUAAGAAAUGGGAAUUUCCAAGGAAACGGCUCAGACUUGGAAAAGAAAUCGGAUCCGGUCAUUUCGGUCGAGUUGUCAAAGCCGAGGCCGUGGGUCUCAAAGACGCCGAUGAAACUGUGACGACAGUGGCCGUUAAAAUGGUCAAACCGACGGCCAAAUCAAAAGACGCAAUAGUCGCUCUCGUAAGAGAAUUAAAAAUUUUAAUUCAUUUGGGGGAGCACUUGAAUGUCGUCAAUUUACUGGGCGCCUGCACUAAAACCAGCGUCAGAGAAGAAUUUCUGGUCUUAAUCGAUUUCUGUCAAUUCGGCAAUUUAAAAUCUUAUUUAACAAAAAACCGAAAUCAUUUCAUGAACCAGUUGAAUGGUUCAGGUGAUAUGCAACCCGAGAACGAAAUGGCUGAAAUUAACACAAUCGCAAAUCCACAAAUUGAAAUUGAUUUAGCAGAACUAUCUGUCGCCGUUAAAUUGUCCAGCGAAAUUUCGCAAUUUCAACAUAACGAACCCUCAUUUAAUGGUAACAUUCGAACCGAAAUGGAACAGGGCAGUACAAACAGAGUGCAAUCGGACGCGACUGUCAAUCGAAUCAUUAAAACGAGCGACUUAAUUUCUUGGUCGUUGCAAAUCGCUCGAGGGAUGGAAUUCUUGGCCAGCAAAAAGGUUCUGCACGGCGAUUUAGCGGCCCGAAAUGUCCUCUUAGCCGAGGGCGGAAUUGUUAAAGUGGCCGAUUUCGGGUUGGCCAGACAAAUGAAGGAUUACGAAUACAAGAUAAAUGAAGCUGAAUUAUUGCCGGUCAAGUGGAUGGCCAUCGAGUCACUGACGGAUCGCAUAUUUUCUAGUCAAUCGGAUGUCUGGUCCUACGGGAUCGUCCUAUGGGAAAUUUUCUCACUAGGCAGAAUACCAUAUCCAGGAAUGGAAAACGGAGUUUUACUUGUGACUCAAAUCGAAAAUGGAUAUCGAAUGGCAAAACCAGAAAACGCGCCUAAAUUUGUAGGGGAAAUGAUGACAAAUUGUUGGCAAAAAGAACCAAAAGAAAGGCCGACCUUCUCCCAGCUGGCUGACGUAAUAGAAAAACAAAUCGAGUCCGUUGUCGGCAUCGAUUAUUUAAAUUUAAAUGGAGCAGAAAGUGGAAAUGGCCUAAUCAGAGAAAUAAUCGAUCCUACCAAAACGGAUAGUUAAGAAAUUUUUUUAAACAGGACAACAAAAUCGCCUUCACCAAUAGAAAUCGAAAAUCUUAGUUUCUUUUGUGGUUCUCAUGAACAACAGAACUGACAUAUUAUCUGUUAUUAACUUUAUGUUUGAAUUUUUGCAAUCCCUGACCCAACAUGACGCGAAUAAACUACCUCCCUCCCUUA